AUGAAGAUCUCCGCCGCGUUAAUUGCCCUUUUCGUGGCGCUCGCCGCCACCGGCGCCUCGGCGCAGCUUGCCAGCAUCGAGUCCCCAAACGUCUUUGAGCUCCACGGCUCCGGCACCACCAACCCCCAGAGGUUCUUCUGGAAGGUGAUGGACAUCCUCGAGGAGCGCGCCGCUAAUCCCAUCAAGCUCACCUACCGUGGUGUCGGCUCAUCCACCGGCCAGAGUGACUUUCAGGCUGAUCAGAACCACUUCGGCUCUGGCGACAUCCCCUUCAAGUCAGACGUUCACAACACCAUCUCCACCACCAAUGGCAAGCCGUUCUUCCACAUCCCCUUCCAGCUCGGAGCCAUCGGAAUUUUCCACUCCGUGCCCGACUCUGCGGGCAAGAAGGUCGAGCUCGACGCCUGCACCCUCGCCAAGAUCUUCAGCCGCACGAUCAAGUACUGGGACCACGAAGACAUCAAGAAGCUCAACCCCACCCUGAACAUCCCCGCCAACCAGGCGAUCAAGGUUGCGACCCGCACGAAGGGUUCCUCCUCCACCAGCCUCACCUCCCAGUACCUCAACCUGAAGGCGGGCGCUAACUCAGCGGAAUGCCCCGGUGCCUGGAGUCUCCAUAAAACCGGAGAUGCGAACACGAAAUACGGCUCCGACAUUAACUGGCCUGCCGACGUCGAAAAGGUCGAGGGCUCCAGCGGCAUGUCCAACUACCUUGCCAAGAAUGAGUGGGCCAUCGGCUACGUCGACGCCGGCCACGGCUGGGAGAAGAACCUCAAGGAGGUCGAACUCAAGAACAAGAACGGCAAGUGGGUCACCUCCAAGACGGCCGAGAUUGAGAAGGCCGGCACCUCAGUCACCCUGCCAACGAACUUCAAGAACUCUUGGCACGAAAUCUCGCUGAUGGACGCCCCCGGCGACACCACCUUCCCCAUCUGUACCUUCUCCUACCUGUACAUCCACGAGACACAACUCAACGGCGAAUCUGCCCGACUUCUUGAGGCGUUCGCCACCUUUGUCCUCUCCGAUGAGGGACAGGGUAUGCUCGCCGAGUUCGGUUUCGUCAAGCUCGCCGCCGAUACCCUCGCCAAGUCCAGGGUUGCGCUCGCCUCGGUCAACUGGGGCACUUCGACAGCCUGGGAGUUUGAGACUGCCACCGGCAAGAACAAAGACGGCAACGCCAUCACCGGCGCUGCCGGCAGCGGUCCCAACGGCCUGAAGGUCUUCUCCGUCAAGCGCGGCGCCUGGGGCGACUACGAACGCGGCGUCAUCAAGUCUGACCUCGAGAAGCUCGCCGCGCGCGUCGCCACGCUCGAGGGCCACCACGAGGAGCCCGUCAAGUGGUACGAAGAUCCCCAGAACCAGAUCGACAGCGCCCUCGCCCUCGGCUCCCUCGCCUUCAUCCUCGGCUUCAUCGGCACCGUCCUCGGCGGCGUCGCGCUCACCAGGAUCAAGAGGGCGUCCGGCAGCAAGUACUCUAACAACAUCGUGUGAAGGGAUCGGAUAAUCCUGUACGAUUACUCCUCACCCGCGUGAACCGCGAACCAUGUGCGCUCAUCGUCAUCAUCAUCAUCAAUAACGGCCGUGAGAUUCAUCGAGCCGACCAUCAUUUAUCAUCGCACUCGAGGCGACGACGCGACGAGCUUUAUUAAUGCACAGAUAAGACCUCGAU